ACCUGACCUUAGUCCAUCCAGAUCAAUAGGGAAGUGAGGGUGGAAAGAAGAAGAAGAGGAAGAAAAUAAGGGGCGCAACCGGAUCGUUUACACUGGCAGUUCCCGAGGAAAUAUAGACUUCCCUUGCUUGCACCUUUUGUUGCUCACAUGCUCACACUGUAAAAGUGGAUAUCGAGGCAAUUCCCUUGCUUUGUGUGAUUGCAGCAGACUUUUUCCCCUUUUCCUACCACCAUGUCUUUCCCUCAACUGGGAUAUCAGUACAUCCGACCGAUAUACCCGCCGGAGCGCCAGGGGAUCGCCAGCAAUGCUCGGGCCGGGACAGAGCUCAGUCCGUCCGGCGCGCUCUCCAACGUCCUCUCCUCUAUGUAUGGAUCUCCUUUCGCCGCAGCAGCGCAGGGCUAUGGAGCGUUUCUGCCCUACUCAAACGAUAUAUCAAUAUUCAAUCAAUUGGGUGCUCAGUAUGAACUGAAAGACAGUCCCGGGGUCCAGCACCCAGGGUUUGCCCACCAUCACCCUGCUUUUUACCCAUAUGGCCAAUAUCAGUUCGGUGACCCGUCCAGACCCAAAAACGCCACCAGGGAGAGCACCAGCACCCUGAAGGCCUGGCUCAGCGAGCACCGCAAGAACCCCUACCCCACCAAGGGGGAGAAGAUCAUGCUGGCCAUCAUCACCAAAAUGACCCUCACCCAGGUGUCCACCUGGUUCGCCAACGCCAGGAGGAGGCUAAAGAAGGAGAACAAAAUGACCUGGGCCCCUCGGAACCGCACCGACGAAGAGGGAAAUGUUUACGGCAGCGAUCACGAGGGGGAGGAGGGGGACAAGAGGGAGGACGAGGAGGAGAUCGACUUGGAGAACAUCGACACGGAAAAUAUUGAGAACAAGGACGACUUGGACGACCAGGACGACCUGCAUUCAGAUAUUAAACUAGACGGGAGAAGUGACUCUGAUAUUUCUGACGGCUAUGAGGAUUUACAAGGGCCCGAGCAGAGGUUUCUAAAGGCUGUGGGGAAGGAGGGCAAAGACGUGGAGAGAGGAGGAGAGCACUUCCACAGUCUCCACCACCACCACCACCAUCACUCGUCUUUGGACACCAAAGCGUCCCAACCAAACGGUGAGCAGCUCAAACUGAACCCGGUAUCCGUGAGCUCGCCACCCUCAGAAAACAACCCUGCCCCAGCCCAAAAGCCAAAGAUCUGGUCUUUGGCAGAGACAGCCACGGCCCCUGACAAUCCGCGCAAAUCCCCACAAAUGAACGGCAGUAACUCCGCAGGGCCCGCCGCCCAGACCAUAAUCGCCCCUCAUAGACUCAUCUCUUCUUGUCCUGUUGGGAAAAUCCAGAACUGGACGAACCGAGCCUUCUCGGCACAUCAGCUGGCUUUACUGAACUCAAAUCAUUACCUGGGACUGGCUAACCAGGCCACAGCCAACGGCCUGGCCCUCUACAGCAGCAGGCAAACGGAGGACAAGAGUCAUAGUUCAGAGACUUCAGUCACAGGCCACACAGAUGAACAGUGUUACAAUGUUAUAGCUUACAGAAUACAGUGUGUGUGAUGUAUGCGUGUGUGUGUGUGUGUGUGUGUGUGUGUGUGUGUGUGUGUGUGUGUGUGUGUGUGUGUGUGUGUGUGUGUGUGGAGUGUGUGCAACUGCUUUGAAAAAUGUCCGAGAGGAUUAUGAAAACCUCAUCAGAAAGCAUUUAUGAAAUAGAAGUCAAAAUGUUGAAUUGGGUGAAAAGUGUUCUCCAUGCUCGUGCCCCUUCCUUCCUUUAUUUGGUUUUGUUGCAUCCAUGUGGAAGGCUGUUGAGGCCCAUGUGCUUGUAUUCAAUGGUUUACAUAAAUCCCUCAACCUAUUAAAACAACUAGUUUUCAACACUAAAUUCACUGAGACCCAGGAUGGGGGUAUGAUAAUAGGCAUUACAAUUAAUGCAUUUUAAUUUUCAUUGACACACUUUCAGAGAGAUCUAGUGCCUUGGAUGCAGAGAAAAAGUUGUUAAAAACAGCUUUCAGUUCAAAGAUAGCGAGGCUGUCAAUUCAUGACAUUUGGGAUUUUUUCUUUUUGAUGCCAUUUCACAUUAUUCUUUUUUAAACGCCAUAUUUACCCAAAUUAGCUUUUAUUCUAAGAUUAUUAUUUUUUUUUAUCCCUGUGUGUGUGCGCUUGUGUUAUUUCGUCAAGGCCUAUGUUACACUUAUUUGUUUGGUCAUGCAAAUGAGCUCAAUGCAAAUUCACUAUAGGCUCGCUUUUAAAAGGCAAUUGUCACUUUUAUACCUGUUUUUUUAGCUCUUCCUGAGGCUAUUAUUAGCAGGAUUUUUUUUUUUUUUUAGAUCACUACAUUUUCUUUUUUCUGUUACCCCUGUGUAUUUCAGGCCUCAGAACCAACUUGAAGCAGCGGUGGUUCUCUCGGCUCUCUCCUCUCCAUAACCUCUCACCCGUCCUAUUAUUUUUUAUUUUAUUUUAAUUUGAAUAUGGAAUGUAAAAUAAGAAUAAUACAUCUCUGUAUACUUACAUUGUAAGCAUGUCCUGUGUAAAACUGCUAAUGUAAUAAUGUAUGAACCUGUAGUCUGUGAGUUUCUUUUUCUUUUUGUAAGUUCUGUGAGGAUUUGAUGUUCAAAUGUUUUGUAUAUAAAGUUAAGAAUAUGUACAUACUUGUGAACCAAAUUGUACAAGAAAGUCUAUAUUUUGGCUAAUAAAUGAACUGCUGCAACUUU